GGAGUGUCUCUGCCGACACGCCGCCUCCUCCCUCACUGCAGCCGGACUCCUCCGCCGGCCACACGCCUCCCGACCACUCUCCUCUCCUCUCCGCGGCCGUCGCCACCGUUCUGCCCGCUCUGCAGACCUCCAUCCCCGGCCGCACGCAAACUCGACCAGCGCUCCCCCCCGGCGGGCCCGACGCAGCAUCAUGGAAGAAUUAGAUGUCCCACAGAUGAGGAGAGAAGUGGAAAGUCUUCAGUAUCAACUGGCAAUCAGCAGAGAGAAGUCCUCCAUCACCGUUACCGAGCUGGUGAAGUGGAUUGAGGGAUGUGUUUGUGAAGAUCCAUUUCUGAAUCCUGAGCUGAUGCGAGCCAACCCCUGGGUGGAGAAGGGGAAGUGUGUGAUCCUCUAAUGGUCGCACACGCACUUACAAAUCAAUCACGGAUGCAUAAAACCUAGAGAAUCAUGCACUCCCACACAGCCUUGCUGCACUCCCACACACACGCACGCACACACGCACGCACUACUGCUAUUAUCAUGUUUAUAGCACUGAAUAGCUUUCUAGAGGUUUGAGCAAUGUUCAACAACACCUUUUUAUUGGCUCUUUACACUGUCAAUCAAAAUAAAGACUGUUUUGA